CCUUCGUUUUGCUCCCGCCCAUGAGCUCUUCUACUAGCCCUCCUCGCAAACGCAUCAAGAUCGAGUCACCCUCGCCGCCCUCACAAGAAGAAGAAGAAGAAGAUAACUGUAGCAUAUGCCUGCAAGCCCUCGUUGGCCGGACCAUCAUACCCACUUGCUCGCAUGAGUUUUGCUUUGAUUGUCUCGUCGUUUGGACUGAGCAAUCGAGGAAGUGCCCAUUGUGCGCUCAGACGACUGGAGAAUAUCUGAUUCACCGAAUCCGGUCACGCUAUGAUUAUCAGAAGCAUUACUUGGUGCCUCUCUCGAAGCCGGGAUUGUUGCCAUUACAUGCUGUGACGAACAGGGAGCCUGAAGUGCAUAGACAGAGGCGCAGGAGGGAAUGGGGAAGACGAGAUCAGAAUGAGGUGGAUAAGCUGGAGAGGUCGAUAGAGAAGCGGCGCUGGGUAUAUGAGCAUAGGUUGUACGCCAAGCAUGUAGCCUCGAAUGUGUAUACAAAGUACCGGCCGUACCCCACUCCAGCACAGUUCGCUGCAAGCCAGGAGAUGGUUAGCAAGACGACGAUGUUUCUGAGGCGCGAGUUCAGAGUGUGGGACGAUCUUGAUGUUGAGUUCUUCACGACGUUCACGAUAUCGCUCAUGAAAUCCAUCGAUAUUCGCUCGGAGUCCGCUGUGAAGCUGUUAGCAGAGUUCUUGGAUAUUGAUACGGGUGGAAGAGUUAUGGCAGAGCAUUUUGUGCAUGAGGUCUACUCGUAUGUGAGGUUGCCUUUCAAGGGCCUAUUCGUGUAUGAUAGUGCCGUCCAGUACGACACACCUCCCUAUGUAGGCUCUCCUCCAAGGCCAAGACCACGGCGAUGGCGAGAGGUCAACGAGCACCCCCGCCAGAAAUCCAGGCCCCGAUCCAGGUCACCAACUCCCUGCAACCACAACAAUGCACCGUUAUCAUCUCGAGAUUCCGAUUGGCAUGAGGACGACGUAUCUCGCGUCCGUUCGAUAUCCUGGUCUCCGUCAGGUUGUCAUUACCCCAGCGCUAGUAGAGCGCCAUCCCACUCUGUAGAUCCUCCCGUAGCACAAGCGACUAUACCCGAUGAAAUGGAUAUGCCUACCUCGAUUACCGAUGCCAUUGAAGUGACUAGACCUGACGUGAAAGGGAAAUCAAGAGUUAACGAUGAAUUCCAUGAUGCUACCCCAAGUAAUGUUGGAUUCCAACCCAACAUGAAGGGCAAAUCGAGGGAAGAUAUACCUUGUCUUUUGCCAGCACCCUCUAACAUCCCCGAAAUCACGUGCGUGCGGUCCAAGAAACCUGUUCGUACCGCCUUGGAGUCUUUACGUGCUCAUUUGGGUGCAUCAUCGCUGUCCAGUCCGACUUUGCUUAAUCGGCUAUCAUCACGAAUUGAAGAUAAGAAGAGACAGGAUAACUCUUGUGAUGCGCUUGGCUCUCAAUCUUCGAGUGACUGGGAUCAGUCGUCAGCGGAAAAGAAGGAAGAAUUCCUGAUGCAGGGUCGAGCGCAUUUAUUGGGGAAACUGCUUGAGAGGAGGCGCGCGCCUCGCCCUGAAGCAGCUGUUGAUGAUGUUGAGCGGAGGUUGAAGACGAGAGCAUUGGUGAGAGUGCGGCUUGCAGCUGAGAAGCGGGCGAGGGAGCGAUCUCGUGCGAAAUGACAUUGAUGGAUAUGGGAAGCUGCAGAAUUCCGUCUAUUGCAUUGCGCAUGGAGGAAGAAUCAAUGGGAAAUAGACGUCACAGAGAGUUUGUGCUAGUGUCGCAACGCUACGGCUCUGCAUGACGUGUGCGCCUUCAGUAGUGGGAGUCAAAGUCCUUGUUAUCCUUGCGAUGAAAAUAUAUUUGCCCUUGCGGGGACGUACGAGUGAUGUCUGUAGGGGGAUAAAUUGCGCACGUUUUUCAUGCCAAUGUUGACUAUGGAUGUAGAUGUGUCACGCUAAU